CGAAACAACAAGUACAAUAUAUGAAAUAGGUAUGCAUAAUAAUUACUAUGCGACAAACGUAAACGUCAUACUAUAAAUCUAUUCUAUCAAAUCGUAUGUAUGUAAAACCAACAGGUCGACGAAUACGAUUGACCUUCAAUAGGUGUAUAGGUAGGUACGUUUAAACAGUUGAUUGCCUGACUUCGACGAAGAGUUUUUCAACAUCAAGAUAUGCUGAAUUAGUCUUCGUUUAACAUAUAUAUCUCAACAUAUAUUUUAAAUAAAAGUUUUAAAAUCGGUAAUUUUGGUCAGACCUAUUUAUAAUGGCUGACAAGGACACCAGAAUACUGAGAGAAACACAAUGGCCAAGUGUUCUUUUUUAUUUAUACCUUCAUUUUUCUGCGUUGAUCGGACUUUACUUCGUAGUUUUCCAAGCUAAAUGGACUACUAUAUUUUAUACGAUAUGUCUUGUCUAUGUGUCUGUCCUCGGCUUAAGCGCUGGAGCUCAUCGAUUAUGGGCGCAUUUAAGUUUUAAAGCCAAUAUCGUGCUCAGAGGAUUCUUGGCUAUUGCACAGGCUUUAAUAUGUCAAGGAUCACUUUACGACUGGGUAUUAGAACACCGAUUGCAUCAUGUACAUUUUGGUACAGAAAAAGAUCCUUUUAAUCCAAAUAGAGGCUUUUUUUUUGCAUAUUUUACAAACAAAUUAGUAACAAGUCAUCCUGACCAUGAGAAAUUGUUAAAAACCAUCGAUAUAAAAGAUUUGGAGCAAGAUCCUAUUGUAUUGUGGCAAAAAAGACUUUACUGGUUGUUGGCUCCAUUGUUGCUGACGGUCACCGUGAUUUUGCCAUCUGAACUCUGGGAUGAGUCACUUAUGUGUUCAAUUUUUAUUGUUGGAUUCCUCAGAGUUACAGUAUCGUUACACUACAGUUGGAUUUUAAAUGCAGCUACGAUAAUUUGGGGACUAGAACCACUUAACAAGUAAUUUACAAAUACAUUUAGUAGUAUUAUAUUUUU